AACAUUCUCACAAAUAACCAAAAACAAUUUCACUCAGUUUCACACAAAACAAUUCUGCAUGGCAUUUUCAAGACUUUUACUGUUAACAUGCAUUGUUGGGUAUUUUCUGAUUGCCUCUGCAUCCAAUUUCAAUCAAGAUUUUGAAAUAACCUGGGGAGAUGGUCGUGCCAAAAAACUAAACAAUGGCGACCUUCUCACUUUGUCUCUUGACAAAGCCUCUGGCUCCGGCUUUCAGUCAAAGAAUGAAUACCUUUUUGGCAAAAUUGACAUGCAACUCAAACUAGUCCCCGGCAACUCUGCUGGCACCGUCACUGCCUACUAUCUGUCUUCAAAAGGAGCAACGUGGGAUGAGAUUGACUUUGAAUUCUUGGGGAAUUUGAGCGGUGAUCCUUACAUUCUCCACACCAACGUGUUUAGCCAAGGCAAGGGUAAUAGGGAGCAACAAUUCUACCUCUGGUUUGACCCAACUGCUGAUUUUCACACCUAUUCCAUCCUCUGGAACCCUCAACGUAUUGUAUUCUCUGUGGAUGGAACUCCAAUAAGGGAGUUCAAGAACAUGGAGUCAAAGGGUGUUCCAUUCCCCAAAAACCAAGCAAUGAGGAUAUACUCAAGCCUUUGGAAUGCAGAUGAUUGGGCCACAAGGGGAGGGCUUGUAAAAACCGAUUGGAGCCAAGCUCCAUUCACGGCUUCAUACAGAAACUUCAAUGCCAAUGCUUGCACUGUGUCCUCUGGAACUUCUUCUUGAUCAAACUCUGUCUCUUCUCCCAAUGCUUGGCUCUCGGAAGAAUUGGACUCUACUAACCAGGAGAGGCUGAAGUGGGUACAGAAGAAUUACAUGAUCUACAACUAUUGCACCGACGCCAAAAGAUUUCCACAGGGCCUUCCUACAGAGUGCAACACUGCCUAAUUUUUCUUAUCAAUCCUUUCCAUGCUCCACUUUCUUUUUUAUUUCUUCUGUUGUACUUUCCAUCAUGAUCAAUUCUUUUAUUCAUCGUAAAACAUUGCUAUCAUGAUAAGUUUUCUU